AUGUCGUCGCCAGUUGUUUCAUCUACGCCAGUGACAGCUUCUUCACCUGUUCAACAGUCACCAAGUUCACCGACAACACCACCACAACAAACAACCACACUCAUCACAUCGCCACCAAUCGUUUCGACCUAUACCACAUCACAACUCACCACAAUCUAUAUAGAGGAGAUCCUUGGAAAGAAUCUCAACGAGAAAGACAUGUUUAUAAAAUUUAAAGUCGAUGGCAAGAAAUUCAAGACAAGAACUCAAAAGAAAACAAUGAAUCCAUUAUGGAAUGAUAAGUUUACAAUAUCAACAACAUCAAGUAUAGAUGAAAUAAUAUUUACAAUUCACAGUCAGAAUAUAUUGGGAAAUAACGUUAGAAUUGGAACUGUUAAACAAUCUUUACAUCCAUCUAAUUCGACUAGUGGCAGUGGUAAUAGUGGUAAUAACAAUGGGGUUGGAAAUUUUAGACAUAGUGUUAAUGUUUCUGCAGAUUCACCAAAUUUGCAGUCUGUAUCAUUGAAUUCAUCGUCUGGUAAUAAUAAUUCAUCAAUGAAUAAUGUUGGUGCAAAUGGUGGUGGUGGUGGUGGACAUACUUCAGCUACAGAGUCAUCGUCAUCUUCAACUGCUACAACGGUGUUGGUCGAUAGUUGGGUAGUUGACCAAUGGUCGCCAGUUGAGAAGCGUGCCACCACAUUCUCGUCGACCAACUUGGUCGGUGGAUCGUCGCACCACUCAAACAACAACGGACAGAACAGUGUGGAGUUGAAGAUCAGAAUGUUGGUAAAGGUGCGUGACAUCACUUUGUUGAACAACGACGACACUUCCUCAACGAAAUCCGAUGAUUCAUCAUCGACUGGAAUGACAUCGAGUAGUAGCAGUCAGAAUAUACAUCAAUUAACACAACAACAACAACAACCAUCAGCAACAACAAAUCAACAACAACAACAAUCGAAUCAACAACAGCAGCAGCAACAACAACAACAGAUACAAAAUCAACAACAAGUUCCAAAUGGUAGACAACAAAGAGGAGAUUCUAGUAUGAGAGACGGCGGUAGUGUGAGUGGAGCGAAAGAGAUGUCUAUCAUUGGCAAGGGUGGUAGUCAGAUCCGUAAGUUUACAAAGAAAAUAACAUCAAAGAUCGAUAGCAAUAAGACUGAGAACAGUGGAAAGAAGGUAAAGGAUGAGCGUGUUGCUGCUAUCGAGGAGCAGCUGGCGCGUGAGCGUGCAAAGGAGCUGGAGCGAGAGGCGAUUGAGCGCGAGAAGGAAAGAGCUCGUGAAAAGCUGAGACAGCGCGAAGAGGAGGAACAACAGAAACAGCUGGAGAAAGAGAGACAGGAAGAGCGUCGAAAAGCAAAGGAAGCAAAGCAAAAGAAAGACAAGGAGAAGCGAUAUCAGCCGACGCGACCAAUUGACUAUUUCUACGUGGUCGGUUGUUCGUCAAAGUUGGAGCCGCUCGACCAACGCUAUGAAUCGUCGGUCAAGUCGAUCGAUCCACUCGAUCUAACGUACAAAGGUGAACUGCUAGAUUGCUAUCCGCAGAAAGACGACGAAGUACUGCCGAAUCACAUUUGGAUGUAUUGCUUUCCAAAGGGUGUUCAGCUGGUCACCGAAGAGCAAGCACCUUCAUUCUUCCCUUUCGUUCUCACCAAUGAAACCGGUGUGCGUUUCUAUGCGUCUUGUCUUAUGUUUUACGAACCAAUGUCUGACGAUAUGGCGUCGGAGAUAAAGAAGCGACGAAACUCUAUGAGUAGCAUGUCGUUGCCACUACCAAACUUCAAUGUUAACAACAACGGUGGUGUUAGUAGUAGUAGUAAUAGUAAUAAUGGUGCUGACAAUGAAUCGAAUGCAGUUGUAGGUGACGAUAACAAAGAUAUCAAUGGUGUUGUACAACAUUCAGGUAUCAUUGAUUCAAAGAUAUUGUUACAUCAUACAACCAGUGUACAUAAUCUACCUAUUGUAACACCUAUCAAUAGCAAUAAUAAUAGUAAUAGUAAUAGCGGUGCUGGUGGUGCUAACGGUGUUAACAACAGUAAUAGCAACAGUAGUAAUAGUGACAACAACAUAAACAAUAGCAAUAGUAAUUCAUCGAAUCAAUUAGUAUCAUCAACAAUCUAUGUACCAAAGUGUAUAUGUUUUAUCUCUCAUUAUCCUUUUUACAGUUUCUUUAGAAUAUGUCUGAAUGAAAUCUAUCAAAAGGUAUUCUUCUCAACCACGCCACAACCCAUUGAACGAUGUAUAUAUAAUAUGAUUCAAGAGGUACCACUACCAACUCUAGGAGUAAACAAUGUAAACUACACAAUUAACAACAACACAAUAACACUUAAAAGAUUACCUGAAUGUCUUUUACCAGUAUCAGAUUUACCAUAUUCAUUGCUAUUUAAAUGUUUAGAUAUAAAGAAUGUACUACUACUAUUCAAAUGUAUUUUAAUGGAAGAAAAGAUUGUUAUUAUCUCUUCACAGUAUUCACUUUUAACAUCGAUAUCAGAGAUAUUAUCAUCUUUAUUACAUCCAUUUACAUGGCCACAUGUAUAUGUACCUAUUCUACCAGAAUUGUUGUUGGAGUAUGUCUAUUCACCAUUCCCAUUUAUUAUGGGUAUUCACAAGUCUUAUAGUCAUAACAUAUUGAAUGAAGAGAAUCUGAUGAGUGAGAUUGUAGUUGCCGACCUCGAUAACAAUAUUGUGAUGUUGCCUGAUGGUCAAGAUCCAAGUCGUGCUGCCACUCUACCCGAGCGAGAAGCAGCACAACUCGUUCACCAACUACGCAAGGUAGUUCAUUACGAGCUACUCUCUUCAGAUCUACCAAACUUUAGUUUAAAUACAAUGUCACCGAUUGAUCCAUCAUUUAGCGGUGAUCACCCAUAUAACUAUACAAAUGGUAUCAACCACAACAACAGUAAUAGUAAUAAUUUAACAAGUUCAACAUUGAAUACAAAUAGUGGCAGUAGUAGUAGUAGUAAUAGUAAUAGCUCUAACAACAAAAGAAUACUUAGUAAUCAUUAUCAUCCUGUUUAUCAUUCAGUUUCUGCACCACCUUCACAAACAACCAUUAACGAACACAUUCGUCUUGCGUUCAUUCAAUUCUUUUGUUCGGUGCUCUCUGACUAUCGCAGACAUCUCAAGUAUCUACGUGUAUUCCCCAAGCCGAUUACUCUAUUCAACAAGCAAGAGUUCAUUAGAUGCCGAUCGAAUGGCAGUGCCAGUGACAAGUUCUAUUCUACUCUUGUGGAGACACAGGCAUUCUCUUACUUCCUCGACCAACACAACUGGCCAAAGAAGAACCUCUUUGACUAUCUCGUUGAGACUCAAAAGUACAAAAAGUCGAUUGAGGAACUCGCUCAACUCUGCCAGUCUUCCAUUCCACAGGCGUUGGGUGUUCUCGAGUUGAACAAGUACUCGACCGUUCACGCUACACCUCUCUCCACCAUCAGGAAUACUAUUACCACCUCGAUCAAAGAGCACAGUAGAUUCCCAGCGUUGAAACAAGAGUUGAUGGUAACACCUCCUACACCUUCGCAUCAUCGUACACCAUCCUCUGUCGUCACCUCACCCACUCUCGUAUCGACAGCAACACCUGUAUCGCUAGACAUCUAUUGCAGUUCCAUUGCAUUCGGUGACUUGAAUAGUCAUCAGCGUGUCGACGACAAAGAGAACAAUCUCUUGAAGAUGGCAGAGGAACAACACAAGUCAUUCGUAACCAUCAUCGAGUUGUUUAUCAACAAGAUGUCAAGCGAUGUCCUACCCGAGCAAUCUGACAUCCAACAGGUACUGGAGUUACUCAAGUUUGAUACAGGCAGACAGAUUCUCGGUAAACUCUUACUCAAACCCUACAAGAAUCAAGAAAAGUUGGAGAAUUCAAUGCAUAAAGCUAGAUUGUCAGAUAAUAUGUUCUAUUGUCUUGGUGAUAUUCUUCGCGCUGCUCUCAGAGAAGCCAAUAUGCAUUCGGAUUUCGCAUCGACCCGACUCUAUUUGGAAGCAUCGUUUAUCUAUCAUCGACUUCAAAAAGGUACGAACGAACAUAUCAGUGAACUACUUAGAAACCAAGAUAUCUGGCAGAACUACAAGUUCUGGGAGCAGUUCUUCUUUGAUCUCAUUGAGCAGCGCUGUAAAGCACUCUAUGGAAACAUAGUGAGGGAGAUGCUCAAGUGGAGUGGCUAUCCAGAGGAUCAGCAGGAGAAGAUGAAGCUGGAGGAACGUGAGAUGGCAUUCUCUCUGCUCUCCAAACAGGUCUACUACAUGAUCAAUUUGGGUUCGCAACCGGAUUUGGUACGUCGUUUCGUCAACAAGAUGUGUACCGUUAUCAACUUUGACUCGGACCGAACCGAGACUAUGAUGCAAGUCGUCUCCAAUAUCACACGUGCUCGUGACAUGUCGGAUAUGGACGACUUGGAAUCAUCGCAUGCCAAUGUUGCCGUCGAGGGCAACAAGCAUGCCGACAAAGAGUUGAAACUCUACCUGACGAAAGAGACAUACCUGCCCAUCGGUGUUAAAUCUAGCAAUGCUCACGAAGGACGUGAACUGCUGAAUCAUCUCAUCGAUGAGAAGUCCAACAGUGUUGUGGCACUGCGUAGUCUGAGUCGUAUAAUGAAUCUCAAGAGUGCAUGGAGUGAGACACGCUCAAAGACGAGCUCAAAGAUUGACUAUCGCGACAUCUCUGAGAAUCGUGGUGACUAUGUCGUGAAGACGUUCGCCGGUCAUCAAGAGGGUGUUCUCUGUCUCACACUGGCGACGAAUCAUCAUAGAGAAAGCAAUACCCUCGUAACCGGUAGUGCAGACUCCACUCUCAAAGUAUGGGAUAUCGUUUCCACCAAAUGUCUUGGUACGCUCGACGGUCAUGGUGGUUGGGUCAACUCUGUCGAAAUGGGAUCGGACUCAAAGAUUAUCAGUGGAUCGUACGAUAAGACAUUGAAACUAUGGGAUCUAAACAAAUGUACAAAGAUCAAAUCUUUUAGAGGACACAAAGGUUCAAUUAGUUGUAUCAAGAAUAUUGAUAGUCAUCAAAUACUUUCUGGUUCCUAUGAUAAUACAUUAUGUGUUUGGGAUGAUAGAACAACUAAACCAUCUUCAACUCUGGUUGGUCAUCAACAACCGAUUAUGAGUAUCAUUUGUGAUGGUUACAAGAUAAUCUCUGGUAGCAGAGAUACAAAUAUAAGGAUUUGGGACUUGAGAACGAUGAGCACCACAAAGAUAUUGUCUGGACAUACCGAUUGGGUGAAAUGUCUACAGUAUGAUUCCGAUACUUUGUUGAGUGGAUCAUGCGACGGUAAAGUCAAAGUUUGGUCGGUGGAGAGUGGUGAAUGUAUUCGUACACUCCAGGGACACAGUGGAAGUGUAAAUUCAUUGCUACUGCAUCACAAGAAGGAAGAUGGACACAAAAAGUUCAUUACAGCAUCUGCUGACAGCACGAUUCAGGUUUGGGAUUCAAACUAUGCUGAAUCCUAUCACACACUCUCUGGACACUCGGAUGAAGUGGUUCUCGUCGAUCACUUUAUCAAUAACAUUGUGGUGUCUGGCUCUUUCGAUGGUACCAUCAAACUUUGGGAUGUAGAUACAGGCAAAUCGCAUCGAACCAUUCACAAUCAUGGUCAUCGUAUCUCAUCGUUGAAGACUUACGAAUCAACAAUCAUCUCUGGCAGCUGGGACAAAACUGCCAAAGCUUGUCUAUUCAAUUUGGAUUUCAGAAGUUAA